UUUUUGGAAAUUAAGUUAUGGACUGUGAUUUUGUGUACUAUACAGUAUAAAACACUUUAAGUAAAUAGUGUCUUUUUGCAACAUAUUGUUGUAUCUUGUUAACAAAAUGGAUCAAAGGACGUCAUCUGCCAUGUUCAAAAGAGCAGAGCAAUUGAAGAGAUGGGAAGCAUCAGAUACCAACAAUCAAUCAACCACUCCAAAGCGAGCGUCGAGAAUACAAUUUUCCCCUGGAAUAAUUUUCUUGGCAGCAUGUACUUCUGGAGACAAAGAUGAAGUGAAGCGUUUACUGAAGUUGGGUGCAGACAUAAACACAGCAAAUAUUGAUGGUAUCACAGCACUCCAUGAGGCGUGUAUCGAGGACAAUUUUGACAUGGUGCAGUUUCUGGUGGAGAACGGAGCGGAUGUGAAUCGCGCAGAUAAUGAAGGAUGGACGCCCCUUCACGCGACGGCAAACUGUGGAUUCGUCAGCAUCGCUAGAUAUCUUUUGGAAAAUGGCGCAGAUGUAGCUGCUGUUAAUUAUGAUGGUGAACUCCCAGUCGACAUCGUUGGUAGUGAUGAAAUGGAGCAACUUCUUCAGAAAGCAAUUGACGAGACGGGCAUAGAUUGUGAAAGGUCCCGUAAUGCUGAGGUGACGACACUGAGGAAUGAUGCAUUGAACUGGGCCACAAAUGGUUACGUUGAAGUGAGGGAUCCCAAGACUGGGGGCACGCCACUUCAUGUCGCCGCAGCGAAAGGAUAUGUUGAUGUGGCGAAGACACUUCUAGAGGAUUGUAAUGCGGAACCAGACGCCAUGGACUACGAGGGAUGGACACCUUUACAUGCAGCAGCUUUAUGGGGUCAGAAAGAGACCGCUGCGAUGCUGUUACACUAUGGAGCCGAUCCGAGCCUGAAAAACUUUUCAGGCCAGACAUGCAUGGAUUUGGUCGAUCAAAGCGUGUCCGCAUGGUUAUCGGAUGCAAUAGUGAGGGCCACGCGUUGUGCGAACAAUAACAAGCGCAAAAUCAGCCCACCGAAGCACGAAGUUAAGCGAGCCGAGCCCAAAACCACAGCAGACACGGAUAAUAUAGUCAACGAGAAAUCGCCGGCAGCGCCAGAGAUUAUUAAAAAGGCAGAAGUUAAACCACCGAAAGGCCGGGCACCUUCACCUGGAAAUGAAGCGCAGAAUGAGAAUAGCACAGGUGAUGAAGGCCCUUCCUGGCGUAGAUCUGCUUCGUUCAAAAGUAAACAACAAGAGAACAAUCGUGAAAAUAAAACAAACAAUAACAAUAUGGACACCGAUACAAUUCUUAGAAGGACGCACAGCUUUGAAAAUGAUAAGACUUUCUAUCAACGGUAUCGUGACGUCACAGCGCGUAUAAAGGCCACAUCGUGCCCGUCUAUCCUACCGCCGCCGCCUCAGAUCACGCUUUCAUCUCCAGAGAACAAGAAACAGAAUAAGGAGACUAACAAUGUGGUUGAAACUAACGACGAUGUACAGACAAGGGUGACCACUGCUGAAAAACGGGAAAAUAAAGCAAAUACAUGGAACACUAUUUCAAAUACAUCUGCAAACACAAAUACUACAACAACCAACUCUCAAACGACGGUCAGAAGUGGGUCGGAAAGCGUAGAGUCAAACAGUAGCAAUUCAACUCCAAGCUCGGCGACACCAACGAAACUAUCACCAGGAAACAUAUUCAAGAAUUUCUUCAAGUCGUUUGUGCCGCCAGUUAGGGACGAAGAAAGUGAGACACAAAGGAAGGCUCACGCAAAACGUGUGAGGGAGACAAGGAGAUCAACACAGGGUGUUACUCUUGACGAAAUAAAAUCUGCUGAACAGUUAGUGAAGAAGAAAACCAAUAACGGAACAACGGAAACCAUCCCCCCUGCCAGUCCCAAAAAAUCUGAUGAAAAUCAUACUGAAAAUAGCACAGCACGUUCAACACUAUCUGGCGGUGACGCGGCGUUUUCGUUAGCGUUGGCGUGUGUCACGGCUACGGCGACCGCGACUAUCGCGGCGAACAGUGAGCGACGCCCGUCGUGGCGGCUGCGCCUCGAUCCCACUAAUAAGUUCGAACUAGAGGAUGUUGCGGCGCCUAGAUCGACCACGGAAACGGAAGCCACAGUCACGUUACCCUUACGCCGUCCACCCUCGGGAGCCAAUCAGAAUACGCCAUCCGUCACUAGUAAGGAUAGUCCACCAGUAAAGGAAAAUAGUCGCACUGCAGUCACUCAAGAUCAGAAUACGGAAGAAGAGAAAGAUCGCGAGAGUAGCUGCGAGCGUAAAUCUAGCAUCACAUCGCCGGCGAGUACUCAGGCUGCGCUCAAUGUUAUACAACGCAGACGUCGUCCGAAGAGACGCUCCACGGGCGUCGGUCAUGUCGAUAUGGACGACAUUGUCAAUGAUCGCCGCGAGAGCGGGGAGGUCGACUGUGAUUCUGAAAGUGUUCAGUCUGGAAGCGAGCGCACAGAAGAGGUUGAAGAGAAAGAUUACAAAGCCCUCUACGAAGCUUCACAGAUAGAGGUCCAACGACAACGCGCUAUGCUGGCGACUACGGAACAACAGUUACGAGAGGCCCGAGCUACUAUCACUCGGCUCACCCAAGUGAAUCAAAAUUCACUGUCUGAUAUAGAGAAACGCGAAAAAAGAGCAAUGGAACGAAAACUCUCCGAAAUGGAAGAAGAAUUAAAGCAAUUUCAAAAGUUAAAAGCCGAGAACGAAAGGUUGAGAGCUGAGAACCGUGCCUUAACGCGAGUGGUCAGCAAAUUGACCAACUCUGUCGCCAAAUAGAAUUAUCAAGCGUUACAAGCGGAGAAUCAACGAUUGAAAGACGAAAACGGAGCGCUUAUUCGAGUCAUCAGUAAGUUGUCCAAGUGAAAUGAACAAAAUAUGAGCUUAAAUAUCCGUUAUAUUACUUAAAUAUCCGUUAUAUUAUCGGUCAUCUAUUGAAUGUUAUUAAUUAUUAUGUCAUAAGGACUUUGUGCCAGCAUCUUUGAAAUUAAGGAUCAAUUUUUAGUACACGUGAGACUCCUUCAUUAUAUCAAGGGGCUAAACGGACUCAUGUUAAGUGAUGAUCAAUCUUAAUUGUACAAGCUCCUUGUCCAAGAUGAUUAUAGCAGUAUGAAUUCCGAAUUAAAUUUUAUUUCAGUUUUUUUUAAACUGUCAUACUUUCUAUAUCUAUGCAAACGCUACACUGCUAUCGCAGAUUGACUGAUAUUUAUGUGUCUUGGCGGAGUAAAUACAAUGUGACCGAGUAUCAUUUACCCUUACUUAUUCAAAUAUUUUUAUCGUCAAAUUCACCCCUCUGCAAAGUUUUGGCGCCAUUUUUACUAUAUUCAUUAGUAUAUUCUAAAAACCAUAAGAAUCCAAAAACAACUCGGAAAUUGACACGACGUUAACACACUGUUAUCGCCCUUUAAACAAAGUUAAGUUGAAGAAUAAUGCGUCCAUGGUUCGCUUAUGAAAGUUUAAUGACAAUAUUAUAAUACAAUUUUCACAAACACCUACAUUUGACCUUAUUGCAUUAGUCAUCAGCUACCUGCAUCCGAGCGGCAUCCCUUUAUCGAUAACGAGUUGUGCGACAUUGUCACAUCCCUUUGACGUAAUGUUUUAUGACUCAGUUCGCACGUUUGUAAAGGCCUAAACUAUAGUAUACCUAAAUGCUUAAAAAUAUUGAAUUAUCGUUAAGUAAUAAAUGCCCGGGCACAUUGUAUAGGUAAAAUGUAAAUUAACGUUACAAAUUUCGAGAAUAAUAAUUUUUUUAUGUCUGUUUCUCGUGGAAUGACCCUGCAAUGAAGUGCUAGUGGUAUUCAAUGAAAUUAAUUACAUUGUACAAUUUACAUUGACAUUGUGUGUCAGUCCCGUGUAUUUCACUGUUUAGUGUAAAUAACGCAUAUGGGUCGCGAAUUCCUUUUGUUCUGUAAGGAUGAGAUGUAAAGUUAUAGUGUUUUAAAUAAAGUAGUAUGAGUUGUUAUUAGAUUGAUCAUAUUAUUCGUUAUGAUGUAAGUGUAAUAGUAUUAUAAUGUACGGUGAUGAUAUUCGUGUCCUAAAUUUAUAUACAUUUGAUAAAAUUUAUACAUUUGUAUAUUUAUAUUAUGUAUUAGUGAUUCGCCUUAAUAUUUUUUUUUCUUAAAAUGAUUCAGUUCAUUAUAAAAUCGUACGCAUACAUAAUAUAAAUCAUGCCUGUAUGUAGUCAGUCCCCUGGCUUUUUCCACUCGCAUUAAUUCCUUACUGUAGUAAAGAAAAAAUAACUUUGUUGUUUUUUUAUGCUGAGUUACAGUCGAAUCAGAAUUUCGCUCCUUAAUAAGUUUUAUACAAACCUAUCUUAAGUUUAUUAAUAUACAGACUUUUCAAUUAGACAUUUUUGAACCUAUUCUGUACCUUAGAGAUAACAUAUCCGUUAUAAUGUUAAUAUAAUUAAAAAUAUUUGGGCUAAUAUCCCAUUAAAGAGCAUAAUAACCUAAUGGUAUUUAAUUUAUUAUAUCGCGUAUAAUAUUAAGGUGCAAUGAUGUUCGAUGAAACUUUAGUAUAAAUUUGCAUAAAGCAUUGUUUAAUAUAUACUAUUUAAAAACAACGAAUUAUAGUGAAUUAUAUAAAUUUGAAUUGAUUUGACAAAUAUGUAGAAUAGUGCAUAAUAUUAUGAUAACAUAGGAAUCGUACUUAUUUUUCAACGGUCUAAAAUUUACUUAGUACGGCAAAUUAUACUUAAAAUAAUAUGGACCCGUUUUCAUUAUUUAUAUUUUUCGAGGCGUAAUGGGUGAGACUAAAUAUUUUGAUUAUUGUGUUGUACUAUGUACAAUUAAGAACGAAACUAUAUGAUCAAUGAAAUGUAGUGUGCAGAUUAUGAACUUUGAAUGCCAUAACACUCUUAAUGUUUGCAUAUUAUAUUAAUUAUUAUAAUCCUAUAUGCACGUGACAUUUUAUGUGUUAUUAUUUAAUAAUACUAUCUAUAGUUUUAUUAAAACUACGAAAACACGAUUGAAAUGCGUGUUUGAGCAAGCAAACAUUUUUAACGAAUGGUGUUGUUAUUUUUUGUUAUAACUAUACUAGGUAUUACUAUACAUAUUCGCGUUUAAGCCGACAUUUAAAAAAAUAAACGCAAGAGAUCUAAGUUUUCGUCAAUAGCAUCGUGACGGUAUUAGAUAUAAUAUAUUAUAUUAGAUUGAAGAAAGAAAACUUAAUGCUUGGUAAACAUGUCAGUUUAAAGCUAAGUCUAAAGAGCCAUUAUGUAUUAAUAAUAUUUUAUCGACUGGACGGGCUUCAUUAAGUUUUGUUUCUAUGGCGUAUCCAUGUAUAUAAUAAUUAGAAAUUGAUUUAAUUUAUUUAAUGAACUGUUUGUUUUUGAAAUGUUUACUAUUCAUAUACUCCAAACCUAAUACAGAGAAGCUGAACACAUUUUUUCACAAUCUCAUAGGUACUUGUCAUUAUUAUACAUUUCUAUCUGCUUUAAGUUUCAAUUGAGCCAUUAUAUAAAAAUAUAUAUACAUAUUGUGAAAGCACUAUUUACAUUAAUAAUUUUCUAUAUUCGUCGUCCUUUUGGAUUUAAUUUUAUGCUGGAAGUAUUUCCUCAUUGAUUAAUAGUACGCUUGUUUCACAUUGACACAAAAAUUAUAUUGAUAGUAGUUAAUUCGACAUUUGUUGAUUCAUGCAAAUUUUUCAAUUUACAAUGUUAUGUAUAAUAUUAGUAGGGCAUUGACAGUUAUUGAAUAGAAGUGAGUGAUGUUUUAACAAAAUGAUGUUAAAUUUUGUAUUUGUAUCCGGAUAUUUGGUUGUAAUUGAAGUUUAAUUUAUUUUGUCAGUAAGAGUUAAACGAAAAUAAAUAUAUUAUUUGAUUUGGA